UAGAUUGUGAUGUGGAUAAGUGAAACUUCCAAAAAGCGAGUCCUCAACCACAUAACAUGUCGUUACUUUGUUCUUUGCAUUCUCACUCUCACACAACAACAAUGAUGUCCCUGCUGCAGAAUUCCCCAACGCUUCACAACUCCUCUUUCCCUCAGAAGCAUGUCACUCGUUCAUCUAGAAGAGAUGCUAUUUCCUUCAUUGUCAAAGCAGUCCAAGAACCCUCUGCUUCUUUAACUUCUCAAGAUAGACAAAGAAGGCGCCAAGUGAUUGCCGUUGGAACCACUGCCCCAUUAGUUUUUUUGUUCAACCAACACUCGAACUCUUUUGCUGCAGAAAAUAAGAAAGGAUUUUUGCCGGUUUUGGACAAGAAAGAUGGAUAUUCAUUUCUCUACCCUUUUGGUUGGCAGGAAGUAGUAAUUGAAGGUCAAGAUAAGGUGUUCAAAGAUGUCAUUGAACCACUGGAGAAUGUCAGUGUAAAUGUGAUACCAACUGGCAAACAGGAUAUUACAGAAUUUGGGUCCCCUCAAGAGGUUGCCGAAACUCUAAUAAAAAAGGUUUUGGCCCCUCCAAACCAGAAAACCAAGAUAGUAGAAGCAAAAGAGCUAGAUGUUGAAGGAAAAAAAUACUAUCAAUUUGAGUUCAUUGCUCAGGCUCCGAACUAUACUCGUCAUGCUCUCAGCACAGUCUCCAUUGGCAAUGGUAAGUUUUACACCUUGACGACAGGAGCAAACGAAAGAAGAUGGGUGAAGAUGAAAGACAGGCUGCAGACGGUCAUAGAAUCCUUCAAAAUUUUCGACGUUUGAUAAUGAUCAUUACUAUUACCACCAUAUUAGAGAUAUUAAACUCUUCAGCGAGAAUGUUCAUUUGAAUUUUGAGCUUUAUAGUAUCAAGUUUUAUCUGUUUUUUUAUUAUAACUUUCCAAAUAUAUGUACAAUAAAUGAGUAAAUGUAUUGUAUAAAAAAGAAGGGGGGGAUUUCUUUUUUUUUUU